AUGAUCUUAGACGAAGGAAGGUAUGUUUGUGAGCAGAUUCUGAAGUUUAUUAAACAACAACCUGGUGUUAAAGAUGGCACUUGUGUUUCUACAUGGUUAUAUGCUGCACCAUUAGUACAUUUUUUAAGUGGUCAUGUUCAUCCAUUCAGUAAGAUUCCAGUAGAUGUUUAUCAUUUAAAGAAAGAAUGGUGGUGUUUCCCUGGUUUUGAACAGAGGAAAAACGCUUUGAAGGUCUACGAGUGGAACAAAGUGAGGCAUAUUUUUAAUUUGGAACUGGAGAUAAAGUCAAUAGAAAAAGUGACAUUUCCAUGUGAACUUGGUGGUAAGAAGUGUAUGUUAACAACAGAUGUAGUUGACAGUGAUAUUCCAUUGUUACUUGGAAAACCAGAUAUGAAAGCUGCGAAGGUGGUUUUGGACCUAGAAAAUGAUCAAGCUGUAAUAAAUGGAAAACAGAAGAAAAUUAUUUUGAAGCUACACAAGCAAUUUGCCCAUCCUUCUGGUCAGAUACUCAAAUUGUUAUUACAUGAUGAUGGUGUAAAAGAAUGUGAUGAUAUAAUGGACACAGAGCAGAAUGUGAAAUUUGUAGAAAAUUCUUUUCUACAAAACCCAGGCCGAUUGUUUGUUGUAUCAAACUUCAAUGAUGUAGUUGCUAUGGAUCUCAAUGUAUUUCGUGAUGGAUCCUAA